CGACAUUCCAAUUGCAAACCGCCAUAGAUGAAGCUGCCUGCUGCCCCACUACUGAUCCUAAAAGCGCAACUCUUGAUUUUUUGGUGCUUACCAAAUAUCGUCUUCUCCUAUCUUCAUAUCCUUGUAUCCCUCAUCCAAUUCUUCCCUUCAUCUCCCUUUUCCUCUAUUUCCCAUAUUCUCCCAAUUUCUUUUUGUAUAUCUCAACAAUAAGCUUUUUCCAUCCUACUCAUUUCAACUCAAAUUUCCAAGCUUCAGCGCAGUUUAUCCGAAUCCCGUGUGGGCGGAAGAAGCGGCACUGUGCCAUUUUGAACAAUAGCGUUAACGACACCAGUAGGCGAGGUGGGAGGGAUCAAGACUCGUUCUUGGAGUCACGUUUUGACUUCUUGGAGCCGAUGAUGCUAGUGAUCAGACCGGAGUUCCCAGAGUGGCCGGAUAAGGAAACGGCUGCUUGGGCGAUGGUUGAACAGAAGGCGAAUAGUUUGAACAUUCCCCUCUCUCUUAGGAUGAUCAAGAAGAAGCUGCAGCUUGAGGAGGGCUUUGCUGGUGGCUCCGAGGAGGCAGAGGCGGGUGGCUCUUGCUCAGUGAAGGCGGCCUUUGCCUCGAUGGUGUUCAUCAUCGUUGAGCUGCAAAGCUGUGCCUUGCACAUGAGGGAAGCUAUGUGUGAUGAGGAUUUAGAUGUGAUCACGUCUAAGGUACAGAAGGAGUUGCAUUUCUCAUUCGUGUGGCUGUUCCAGCAGGUGUUCUCGAGGACACCGGCUUUGAUGCUGCACGUGAUGGUGCUCUUGGCUAAUUUCAGUGUACAUUCGACCUCCCACAACGCCGCGAUGGUGGAGCCUUUUCAGCAUAGGCAAGGGCAGCAGUAUCAAGUGUUUGGCUCGUCGUUGUCUAUGAUGGAGGAGAAGACUGAAGGUGGUUUAGGGAGUCCGAGCAUUUAUCUGACUGAUGAGUUUGGGAGCAUGGCAGAGAUGUUGUUGUGGGACUCAAUGGUUGAUGAGGCUAAGAAGACAAGGGAAGGCGUGGACGUGGAUCACGACACCAUGAAACAUUUUGUUUCACCCGUGGCUGUGGAGAUCGAGAACGAUAGCUAUGACGAUUUUCUCAGGGCGGACCUCUUGUACCAGAUUAAAUUAUCUUUCGAACCUAAUAAUGCACUCUUGCUAUGCAACUAUGCGCGAUUUCUGCAUCUCGUUGCACGCGAUUAUCAGAGGUCCGAGGAAUGCUUCAGGCGGGCAGUACAAGUAACGCCACCGGAUGGAGAAUCCUUCAGUGAAUACGCCAACUUCCUAUGGACAGUGAGGAAGGACUAUUUGGCGGCCGAGGAGACCUACCUACAAGCUAUGGCGCUCGAGCCACACAACUCCUACUUCGCCUCUAGAUACGCCAACUUUUUGUGGAGCACUGGUGGCGAAGACACCUGCUUCCCUCUCAACAAUUCCUCCAACUCGAACGUGUAGGAAGCCAUCGAGCAUCAUCAUCUUGAUCGUAUAGUUAUACAAGAAGAAUACAAUUUGUUUGUCCCUUGCUUUUCCGGGACUCUGGAAGCUCGAUCAAUGGGGCUGGAAACCCCAGGGCAUGAGGAUAUCUUUGUAUGUGUUUGGGGCGACACUGAAUAUUGAAAAGGCUAGUUUUUUGAUGGAGUUGGUCAGGAAGAAGGUGAAGGAAGAUUUUUACAGCAGGUUACAAUGCAACUCUUAAUUUUUACAAUUUGUACAGAAAAAUGUUAGUUUUUUGUUACUAGAUGAGUGGCAUUAUGUUGCUUCACUUGCUUGUAUACUGUACUUACUACUCAAAAUGGGGAGAAACUACAUUUGUAUAUUAUUACCAUAAA